AUGUCAAUACCAGGUUUUGGUGGAUCAGGGCUAAUAAAUGAAGAUAAUCUAAAUGUACAGUCUAUAAUUAUACCCCCUUUAUAUGAAUGGAGAAUUGAAGUUCCAUUGAAACAAAUAUUAAAAUUUAAAAUAGUUCAAGGUAUAGUUGAAAUUAAUGGAACAGAAUUACCAAAUAAUACAGAGAUUAAAUUAACUGGAACAAAAACUUGUAUAUAUUCCCCUAAAGUUGAAUCAAAAAUUGAAUAUUUAAUUUUGGAAAAUAAUGAUAAUUCAUUAAUUACAUCAAGUAGUGAUGAAGAUAAUGAAUUUACUGAAUAUUUAAGUAAAGAAACUAAUAUGGAAUCUAUUAUUAAUUUACAUUUGUAUUUAGAAUCCAAAAGACAAGCAUGUCAAGAUAAUAACAAUAUUUCAAAUGAUCUACUGACAUUUGGACCAAGAGUUUUAAUUAUUGGAUCAAAACAACUGGGUAAAACUACAUUAUGUAAAAAUUUAAUAAGUUAUGCAAUAAAAAUGAAUCAAUGUCCAAUAUUAGUAAAUUUAAAUCCUCAAGAUGGAGUUUUUGCAUUACCUGGUUCAUUAUCAGCUAUUCCAAUGAAUGAUUUUUUGGAUAUUGAAAGUUGUAAUGGAUAUGGAUUAACAACUACAACUACUGGUAGUUUAACCCAAAAUCCAAAACAACCUAUUGUUAAAAAUUAUGGUUUUAUUGAUAUUCAUGAUAAUCUAGAUUUAUAUAAAUAUCAAUUAUCUCAAUUGGGUAAUUUAGUAUCAUCUAGAUUAGAAAAUGAUACAAUUUGUAAUAAUAGUGGUAUAAUUGUUGAUACACCAUCAUUAGGAAUGAAAGAGUUCCCAAUUAUUGAAAAUAUAAUAAGUGAUUUUAAAAUUAAUAUAUUAGUUGUAAUUGGGAAUGAAAAAUUAACUAUAGAUUUGAAAAAAAAAUUAAAUCAUAAAUUAACCAAAGGUUUACAAAUUAUAAAAAUUAAUAAAUCACAAGGUGUUGUUGAAUUAAAUGAAAAAUUUAUAAGAAUGACUCAAGAAUUAACAAUAAAAGAAUAUUUUAAUGGGAAUUUAAAAACAAGAUUAUCACCAUUCAAAACUGAAAUAGAUGCAAAUGGUUUAAAAAUUUUUAAAGGUAUAUUAACAAAAGAUUUAAUAAAUAAUUUACUGUUUUUACCAUCUGGUGAUGAUUUUGAAAAAGAAAAUACAAAAGAAAAUGAAUUAGAAAAAUAUUAUUCAAUUAUUGAAAAUCCAAAUUCUUCAAAUUUAGAUAAUUCUAUAAUUACUAUAACUCAAUUAGAACAACCUACUCAAGAAAAAGAAGAAGUUAAUUUUAAUAAAAAUUUAUUAAAUUCUUCUGUAUUGGGUUAUAUACAUGUUUCAAAAUUUGAUGAUGAUAAAAAGAAAUUGAAAAUCUUGUUACCAUUUCCUGGGAUUUUUCCAAGAAAUAUAUUAAUAUCUACUAGUAUUGGAUAUAAUGAAUAG